AGGAACUCAUUCAUUUAGUAACCCUUUCCAUACUUUAUCUUUAUUUCAUCAACAACUAUUGCACAGCACAAAUCUACGCUACUACUACUACUACUACUACUACUACUACUACUACUACUACUCAAUAUGCAGCUACUAGCUACCAUCCCCAUGGCUUGUUCCAUCAUAACAUUCGUGCUCGGCACGUUGUGUAUCUUCGCGGGCAAUAAGCCUGGAUUCAUGGAGGAUUAUCAUAUCAUAGCAGUAUGUGCAUCAAUCCCAUUUCCAGGUGACAACUCUGAUCAUAUACGCUCCAGCUCAAUACUUCGGGAAUCGGACAAGAUCUCAUCCCCACACUGUCCGCCAGUUCUGGUUCCACACCGACCUCGAUAUCACCAGGAGGAAUUGUCAGUAGUAUCAGCAAUUUGAUACCUCGCGAGCCUGGUAUUGGUGACGACAUUGCAAAUGCACUCGGCGAUAUCGGGAACGAGAUUGCGGAUAAACUUGCAGAAAAAUUAGGUAUCCAAGAAUGGUAUUCGAUGCAUCUAAUGGAUAUGUGCGAGGGAUCAUAUACACCAAAUGCCACGGCCAAAGGAGCAGGAUAUAACGUGAGCUCUUGCACAAAUCAAACUGCCAUGUGUAAGUAAUAUCUCUCCUCAUACUGUUUUCUUGCUUAAAUUAAUCAUGUCUCCACGCAGACCACUUCAAUAUCAGUUCCAUAAUUUCCGAUCAACUAUCUAUUGGUCCCCUCCAUCUAAAUCUUGGUGACAUAGGCUGGCCUUCAGCCAUCCAAGACGGCCUCGAUACACUCUCCACAGCCAUGAAUGCCACAUUUGUAUUCUAUUGCAUCGGCAUUGCAGCCGCUGGCCUCGCAAUCUUCACUUCACUGGCCGCAAUAUUUAUCACUGGUCGUCUCUUCUCUUUCUUGAACUGGGGUUUAGCAUCCCUAUCUCUCCUAACUCUUGCUAUUGCCUCAAUCAUCGUCACUGUUCUCCAAGACAAAGCUGCGGAUAUUAUCAAUAAAUUUGGAAAUGAUAUUGGGGUGUAUGCGCAUAAAGGACAUAAAUACCUUACCCUGACAUGGGUUGCUACAGCGAUUAUUGCUGUUGCGACGAUCGUAUGGGUGGCAAUUUUCUGCGUUGGACGUAAACAGAACGGACGUGAAUUCCAUGAGAAGAAUCUCUUUGGGAGGAAGUCGAGACAAAGUGAGAGUGUCGAAGUUGCGAGGUAAGGGUGUUGGAAACCUUUUUUCUUGCUUGGCUCGGGAAAAAUGUUUAUCUGGAUGGAAGGAGGGAGAUGAUGGUUUAUGAUCGGAAAUACGCUGAUAUACGACAUUCUUUUGUAUUUUUUUCUAUUUACGUACGUCUUAAUGGGAAUAAUGAGUGAGGGAACAGGAGAGAUGGAUAUUAGGGAGGUAGAUGGUUUUGAUAAAGAAGAUCACUGGUGAUUUUCUUUUUGAGUAAUGAUUGUAUUGUAAAAGUGGUAGGUCGAGAUACGUGCGUUCCGAUAGCAUGCUGUGAGGGGGGGAUUGGAAGAGAAUGUUGAAUUAGAUUACAUUUUAAUAUGUUACUUAUAAAGAAAAUGGGGUUCAUAAUAGUUUUAGGGUUGAUAUUAUAUAGAUUCAAAUAUAUAUAUAUAGAAGAUUGAUUAUUGUAAAAAGAAGAAGCA